AUGGCUAAGGAGAAAAAACAAAAAAUAUUGGAAAAUAGAAGAACAAUAUAUGAAGUGUUAGAUAAAUCAAAGAAAGAGGAAGUACUGACUAAAAAUAUGAGUUAUAAGGAAACAAUGGGAGAAGAACAAAAACAGAAACUAUUAGAAAACAAAAGAGCAAAGUAUCAAGUAAUGGAUAUAUCAAAGAAAAAGGAGUUGAUUGCUAUAAGCUCGAGCAAAAUCAUGUCACAUUGCAUGUUGUUGAAUUCACAACAAAAAAAUGAUUUGCUGAAUAGAGAAAAAGAAAAAAGGAUGGAAAAGAAAUCUCAAAUUCAUGACAUUGACACAUACAUUGAUGAGUUUAAAAAACAAAUUAAAGCUGGUCCAUUUUACAUAUGCUGUGUGUGUAACCGAACAUUGUAUAAAAACUCUGCAUAA